AUGUCACUCACGGAGUUCAACUCCAGAUUGUUUCUGUCGGAAGCUAAUAAUACCUCUGUCACCGAGAAAUUAGCAGAAACCGCCGCUAGAAUAGCAACAAACUACUUCGAAUGGCGAUACAUAACUUUAGUGUUUUUUAAUUCGACAAUCUUGAAUGUGGUCGGAGAUUUCUGGCAACUGUAUGACAAGAGUUUUAUUAUCAGCAAAGGGAUGCAUGAACCACACUAUAAUGCUGAAGUCACACGACAAUACAUUGUCUUUGGAAAGGACACAUCAGACAUCACUCGCAUGCUGAACUGGAUGCGAGGAUACCAAUUUGAUAACACUGGCAAAUAUGUUGUGAUUUGUCAGUCGGAAGAAAAAUGUGACGAAACUGAAGCCGUAUCCACUUUCUGGUACCAUAAAAUCACCAACGUCGUUCUCCUCAAACAAUCAGAUGGAAUAGUGUCUGGUUAUACAUACUUCUACAGCGCAGACAAUUGCGCUAUGAGUGCACCCGUCAAAAUUGAAGCUUUAGAAAAAUGUCUGGAUUUUAGUGAAGUCGAUGACGCUUGCAACCUGUUUCCUGAGAAGUUUUACGAUCUGUUCGGAUGUUCUCUUAUAGCGUCAACCUUCCAGCAGCCGCCGUACAUGAAUAUGUUAGCCAAGGAAGGACCGAAAGGUGCUGAUGGGGAUUUGCUGUUUAUUAUAGCCCAGGCCAUGAACGCUAGCUUGAAAAUGAUGACACCGCAUCGUGGGGAUGGAUGGGGAUCGUUGGACACGGACGGACGCUGGCUUGGAUCUCUCGCUGACAUCUACUACGAUCUUGCCAAUAUAUCUAUGACGUCAGCAGCUUUAACCAAAAACAGAUUCUCAGGUUUCCAAUUGUCCUUCAUCUACAGCUUUGUGACUAUCGGCUGGAUCACCAGCCCCACCCGCCUGGAACCUUCUUCGUUAAAACUGUUGCACCCAUUUCACCCGACAACUCAUAUAACCGUAGGUAUUAGUUACCUGAUUGUUAUCGUUUCAGCAUUUGUAAUCAAAAGCAAAAUAUUCAACAAACUGAAUAGAAUGUUGGGGAUUACUUCCGGUAACAAAAUGAUAUUACAUUCAUGGAUGAUAUUCAUGGGUUUACCAAGGGACAAGCUGCCGAAGAAACCUUUUCUUUUGCACAUGGUUUUCCUCUGGAUUCUGUACACGUUUAUGAUCAGAACAAUGUAUCAGGCCUCUCUGGUAGAUUCUUUGAAGAGUGAUAAAUAUGCGUCAAAUGUGGAGACGGUAGAAGAAUUGUUGAAAGCAAACUACAAAGUGGGAGGUGGUUUCGCCUUGCGGGACUAUUACAUCAACUAUCCAGCUGUGUAUAACAGUUUUAUAGGCAUGAACGCUAGCGAACUCAGGAAAACGACAAUAAGAAUAUCACGAGGCGAAAACUUUGCGGUUGCAGUAAAUUUGGGAUCAGUGCAGUCUUUUAUUAAGAACCAUGGAGGAGCGUUGCAUGUGCUUGGGCAGAGAAUUGUCGUGAGUCCUACAGCGAUAUUUUUCAAGAAGUUCUCACCACUCGCCGGUUCUGUGAACCGGGUGUUGAGGCGGCUGGUAGAGGCUGGAUUCCCUGAUAAAUUAUACAGGAUCUACGUACAAGCUCUAGAGAAAACUCCUAAACGUGUCGACAGUAGCAAUGCACCGAUGACUACGGACCAUUACACUGGCUGUUACGCUUUGCUCAUCAGCGGGUUAUCACCGUUUAUUUAUGCAAAUGAUAAUGUCAAGCAUCCUAUAAAAGCUUUAUAA